AUGGUUUCAUCCAGCAGCACCAAGAUCCGCGACGUGCGAAUCGAGAAUUGCGUCGGAUUCUGCAAGGUCCCCCUUGGCAUUGCCGGCCCGCUGCGUGUGGUCAACUCAGCGUUCACGGGCGACCUCUACGCACCACUUGCCACAUAUGAAGCGACCCUAGUGGCAAGCUGUUCUCGAGGGUCCAAAGCUUUCAACCCGUCCGGCGGCAUACACAUCGAGACUUUCAGCAACGGCAUGUCUCGAGAUCCCGUAUUCGUCUUUGCCAACCCCGGUCAUGCUGUCGCCUUCGUCAAAGCCUUGCCAACGAUGCAAGACUUGUUCGCCCAGUGGGCGGAGGAGACGAGCAAGCACCUGAAGCUUCAAAAGCUUAAGCCUGCUAUAAUAGGGUCUCGGGUCCACGUCUUUUGCAGCUACGACUGUGGGAGUGCUGCCGGGCAAAACAUGGUCACCAAAGCCACACAACACGCUUGCGACAUGCUUCGAAAGUCUUUUGCGGAAAAGUACCAGAUCCGAGACUUCUUUAUCGAGGGACAACUGGCAUCGGACAAGAAACCGUCUUGGGGCAAUGUCAAGAGCGCCCGAGGCGUCGAGGUCUUUGUCUGGGGGAAAAUCACUCCGGCGGCCUGCCAGUAUGUACUUGGAUGCACCACAGAGCGUUUAUACAUGGCCCAGCAGACACUGAAAGAAGGAGGCAUCCGCAAUGGCCAGUUCGGUUCCAACAUCAACACGGCAAAUAUCAUUGCAGCGAUGUUCAUAUCGACAGGCCAAGACCCGGCCAGCACCGCAGAGGCAUCUUGGAGUCAUCUGACCUCAGAGCUCGACUCGGAGACGGGAGAGCUGACGAUGAGCCUCUACUUUCCAUCGUUGCCCGUCGGGACGGUCGGCAGUGGUACCGGAUAUCCGAUGCAGAAGGAGGCGCUGGGGAUGCUUCAGUGCGGCGCUGGCAAGCCGGGAGAGAAGGCUAAGCUCGCCGGGAUCAUUGCUGCGUUUGCUCUCGCGUUAGAUGUUAGUACAAGCUCAGCUAUUGCCAACAAUACUUUUACAGCUAGUCAUAUGCGGCUAGCGCGAGGAGAGAUGCCGGCAAAGUUGUGA